AUGGCAACGACGCAACAAUCGCCGCUAUCUAUUGACCGCUACGUCGUCAUUCACGUGGCUACAACCUGUGACGAGCAUGGUGUGUACGUGACGAAGGAUUCGGCCGAGGUCAUCGAAAUUGGCUGGAUCCUGCUGGACGCGAAGAACCUCGAAGAACUGUACAGAGAGAGCGUGUUGGUCAAGCCGAUCAACACACCCAUAACCCCACUUUGCACGAGCCUGACCACCCUCACCUGGGAGCACGUCCGUAAUGCGGGCACGUUCCGUGAUGCCAUCAACCGCUUCGAUGCCUUUGCGUCGGAACACCUCACUUCGCAGAGCCUGGACUUUGUCUUUGUCACCCUCGAUGCCUGGGACCUUCGUGUCCAGCUGCCCCGGGAGGCCCGCGACAAGGCCGUGGUGCUGCCGCCAUACCUGCAGCACUCGCGGACAUUCGACCUGCGACAGGAAUACCAGAGAUGGCAGCAACACCACCCAGAGUCGUUGCCGUUCGGACCGUCGUCGCUGAGCAACAUCUGUGCCGCCCUGGAGGCGCUGGCGCCGGCGUCUCCACGCCGCGCCAUGGAGGAGGCCGUCACGCUUGCCCGUGUCCUCCGCGGACUCAUCCGCAAGUCGCAGCCGGCCCAUGAGCACCCCGACGUGCUCGCCCGUCCCAUGGAUGCUAGAGCCGACGUGCGGGCGUUUUUGUCGGAGCGCAGCAAGGUCCUGCACAUGUCUGGCCUCCCACACGACACCACGCAGUCGGAGCUUGAGAGCUGGUUUACACAGUUUGGCGGCCGUCCCAUCGCCUUCUGGACGCUGCGCACGCCCGAGCAGCACAAGCCGACCGGGACCGGCUUUGCGGUGUUCUCGUCGCACGAGGAGGCGGCCGAGAGCCUGUGCAUGAACGGACGUGCCCUGAACGAGAAGGCCAUUGAGGUGUCUCCGUCGUCAAGCCGGGUGUUGGACCGGGCUGCCGAAAUCCUGACGCCUUUCCCGCCAAGCAAGAACCGGCCGCGCCCGGGUGACUGGACAUGCCCUUCGUGUGGCUUCUCAAACUUCCAGCGCCGUACUGCCUGCUUCCGGUGUUCCUUCCCCGCUGUCAGCGCCGGACCGACUGGAGACAUGGGUGGUGGUGGUGGCUACGGCUACGGCUACGGACCCCCGGCCAUGCUGCCUCCUCAGCAGCACGUCGGCCACCACAACCACGGUCACGGUCACGGCCACGGCCACAUGGGAGGCGGCGGCCAUGGCGGCGGCCGCAUGGGUGGCAGCGGCGUAGUACCUUUCCGGGCGGGCGACUGGAAGUGCGGCAACGAGGUCUGUGGCUACCACAACUUCGCCAAGAACGUGUGCUGCCUGCGCUGUGGUGCAAGCCGUGCCAGCGCGGCUAUCGUGGCAGACUCCGGCUACGCCUCUUCGAUGGACACGUCAGCCUCCUACAACAUGGGCCAGGCUUCGAUGGGCGGCACGCCGGGUCCGGGGGCCUUUGGCGGCGGUGGCGGUCCGUUUGGCUCGGCUGCCGGGGCUGGCGGCUACGGUCAGCAGUUUGGCGGUCCUCCGAGCACGUACGCUCUGCCGUCGGGUCUGGGAGGCAGCGCCGCAGCGCCGUAUCCGCCGCUCAACACGCACUUCGGCCCCGUGUCGGGUGCGCACUCGGCUGGCCCGUUUGACAGCCGGGCUGCCGAGGCGGCUUUCCAGUCGGCGACGAACGGCCCUGCAUCUGCCGGCCCGUCCAACAACUUUUAUUCGCAGGGGGAGAAUGAUCCGUUCGCCUUCCUCUCGUCGGGCAUCGGCAGUCUCUCGGUGGGCACAGCCGGCGAGGCUCGUCAGAACGGGUCAGGGGCACCGCCCAGCAAGUCGCCCGCUUAG